CCCACCGCCGCGCCGCUGCGCCCCGCCGUCUCGUCGUCGUCCUCGCCCUCCCGCGGACGACGACGAGACGAUGGAGGACAAAUUCCCAAAUUCCCUUCCGCCACGCGGGGCUUCCCCUCCCUCCUCCCCCGCAUGGGCCCUCGCCCUCCGUCUCCACCACAGCCCACGUCGUUGCUGUCGUUUCUGUCUCCGUGCGGCGGGCGGAAGCAGACGGGAGCGUGCUCCUUCAGCGCAGACGGUGACGAGGAUGAGGACGAGGCCGUAGAGGACGACGAUGGAAACGAGAGCAAGGAAGACGAACCCUCGCCAUUCGAUGUGAGGUCUUUACCUUCGGAUGAUCUUCCAGAUGUCAACAAUCAUUUCUCUGAUAGAAAAUUGUCGAUGCUUUACUCAGCUGAACCAAAUAAAAAGCCAGGACAAUAUCAACUACUAAUGAAGGGGUGGGAAAAGAAAUCAUUAAAAUCUGCACAAAGCUUGAUACUUUCAAAUGGUUCAGUGAAGGUUGAUGAGGAAAUCAUCUCAAAGAAAACACACUCCAAAGAUCAUCAAUACAACUUAAAUCGAUCUUCCAAAAUGGAGCAUGUUGAUUUAGAGAACACUUCAAAGGAGACAUGCCUUGCGUUAAGAUAGAUAUGUCUUCCACUCAGGAAGGUUGGAGUUCUUGUUGAUUGUUGAUGUCAAACAUGGAGAUAUAAAAGGAAACUUAUAAGUCAGCCUCAAAUUUUGGAGCACACUGUCGAAAACACUCUUGAGUCUCAUGUUGCUUUUUUAGUUAGUAUAGAUUCUUGUACAGGAUAGAUUAUAACUGCAGCCCCAUCUUUGUUCUCUUAUAGCAUCGAGCACUCUUUAAAGCCCACGAUCAGGUAUUUGGUUGAAGAGGUUGGUAUCAGAAGUGAUAUCAUCAAAGUUGUGUGGUUGAGCCCCCAGAUUCUUGUCCAGAGGAUUGAAAACUCAGGGAUUCAUGUUUCUCCUUGCUGUCAAGAGAAUUAGGGGCACCUAAAGAUAGCAUAGUCAAGUUGGCUACCCCACAACUCGUCCACGGUAUUGAUGAUGGAGUACUGCUUAGAAUAAACUCUCCAGGAGCAUCGGCCUGUGCAACUCUGAUAUCCUGAAAGUGUUAACAAGCCACUAAGGUAUUAUCUUUGUCACUGGAGGUGCCUACGAUCAUCUAGAGCUUCAGAGUUAAAUCAUUAACAUUAUAUGGUCAUGAUUUGAUACAUUUCCCAGGCAAAUCAAUUACUUCGAGUGGAGAAUAAUAAUAAGUAUCUACAACGAGAGAGGUGUAUUGCUUCCUUUUAAAGGUGUAGCUGUAUCUUCCUAGGCUUCUCACAGUAACAAAUGGAGAAGCAUUUAUCUUCUGUUGUUGAGUACAGAGCUCAGGGAACCCCCAUUGAUUCAGACAAUGUACCAAAUCAUUGAUGGAAUGGCAAGCUUCCAUUCCCUGUUCUCUUCAGAGUGUUCAUAUGACUGCAGAAAUGCUGCUUCCCACUGGUGGAGAUGCAAAAGGGCUCUCCGGGAGUUCAACGCUACUGCAUACACCAGCAAAAAACCUCAUGAGAAAAAUCAUGUCAACGAGUAUGUCAAGCAAAGAGAUGAUGACUGAGAGCAGUUAACUACAUCAGUAAACAGUCUAAAAUGUAAUGAUCUUUUCUUGAACUGUUCAUAAGAUUUAUGAGAAGAGUGAUGACAAAUUGCAGAGUUUCCAGUUAAUGAUCAUUGUGGAAAACUAAGAUGAGGAGACCUGUAAUUGCAAGUCACUCAAUGAUGUUGUUUUAGGUCAAACAACAAAUGUAUAUCUUAAAUAUUAAUAUUUCACUUACCUUUCCUGGUCA